UCUCAAUUAUGCAUGAUUUUUAAGAUUUCUUUGUCUUUUGUCCCGCCAGCUUUCUUAUUCUAUUGAUUCAUGUGUAUAUGGGGUGUUAAUUGCAGGUAAAUAUCUUAAUUCUGCAUAAACACAGAUAUGGGUGAUAAAGAACUAGCAUGUGGCGAGUGCAAACACAAGGAUUCAUUGAUUCAUGGAAAGAAAGCAGCUCCAGUUACCACUUUCAACAAAAUCCUCUUUGGAGGUUACGACAUUUCCAAAGAUCUGUGUUUGCCUCAGAAAAUUUCUCAAGCUAUUCCGAAUCUAGUUCCUGGAGAUAAGUAUAUUCUUCAGGACACGAAUGGUCAGCAGUGGGAAGUAACAUUAGGCAUUAAAGACAAAAUUCACUGGGCUUUUAGAGAGGGAUGGAAUAAGUUUUAUGAAGAUCAUGGCCUGAAAACGGGAUAUAUUCUGGCAUUCCACUAUACGAUGGAUGCUCCUUUUGUUGUUGAAAUUUUUGAUAGAACUGGCUUUGAGAAGAUCAAUUUUCCUGUUGCAACUGGGAAAAAAAGAAAGACAAGUGAAAAUGAUGGAAAUUGUAAUGCCAUUGUUGGAGAAUGCCAGAAUCUUUCUAAUCACUCGAGUAAAAAUCAAGGUGUGGCUUUUUCUGGCACAUCAGACUCUGAAGCUAGAACACAGAGUCAACCGAUGUCCAAGGAUAAAUCUUUGAGUUUAGAAAAUGGAAAUGGUGAAUACCAGCUUGCUGCAUCAGCUAAUUGUGAUAUAGAGCCGCACUGCAUGAUUGACAGAUAUGAUGGAUCUAAAUACGAGCAAGACAGGACUACUGUGCUGAAUCUUGCCAACUCUGAAAUGCAAUUUGGAGUUGAACUUGAUGGAAGUACUGAUAAGGGAACUUAUCCUUCUAACGCAGCGACAGAAUCUGAUGCAAUUGCAGGUAAUAUUAGUGAGAAUCUAGAGUCUGCAAAGGUAGUGAUUGGUGAUCCGCCUGCAGAAGUGGCUGUUACACUGUCUAACAGCAACAACAAUAUUACUUCAGAGUACGUGGCAGAAGUCUUCGAUGAUCAUCAUGGAAGCAAUCCACCUGCAGAAGUGGUUGUUGCACUGUCUAACAACAACAAUAUCACUUCAGAGUACGUGGCAGAAGUCAUCAAUGAUAAUCAUGGAAGCAAUCAGGUCCAUUCAGAAUCUAGGAUCAAAAGUUCAACUGGGUCACGGAAGAGAGUGAGAAGGGAGCCUGCAAGAAGUGUAAGACAAUCAAAAAGAAAUUCAACAAAAAUUAGUAAAAGAACAAAUCAGAUUUCUGGUGGGGAGGAAAGAGAGAAUGAAGUCCGCAAAGUAACAAAAACUGAACUUGUGAAUUCAUCUGAUGGCGAUAGUCUGGAUGCAUCUGCUUUCUCUUUUACGGCCAUUGUCAGAAGCCCCGAAGUUUUGGAGGUGGCGGCAGCAGUUAUACUAUGGGCGGACGAAAAGAAGGUAGUAAACCUUCAAGGGCCGAAUCAAAAAGUCUGGCCAGUCCUAUACCAUAACAAACUUGGUAUUAAAGCUUUAACAAGCGGCUGGGAAAACUUCUGUAUGUCAAAUGGACUGCGAAUAGGAGAUGAAUGUGCUUUCAAACUUGUGGAUGAAGAGAAGACGAUCUUCAGGAUUGAUGUUAAAACAAAGUGAGAUGAAUUACUUUCAAGAUCAGAUUACAUCCCUCAGUUAUGGGUAAAAACAUUUUAUUUCCGGUUCCAUACUCUUAGGCCUCGUGUCUUCUUUGUUAACAAAAAUUUCGGACCAUACAGAAACAUUUUAUCUCCUG